AUGUCAAAUAUUGUUUUGUUAAUCGUUAUUGUCCUGACGUGUAUUUCCACCGAAACCGCUGCCCAAGUGGUCUGUGCUAAUCCUAUAAAAAUUAGCGAACUUCGAGUUUUGAAAUCAAAUAAAUGUGUCAACAUAGACGCAACAGAUGGUCGUGGAAAGAUUAAUACAAUUGAGUGUGACGGCUAUCGUGAUCAGCAAAUUAUUAUGUGUAAAGAUGGAACGAUAAGGAAUUUAAAAGCUCCUUAUAAUUGUUUUACACCAGGCAAAGGCGGAAACGGAAAUUUGAUGUCAACUUCUUGCGAGGUAUACCCAGCCAUACCCGAUUAUCAGAAGUGGAGAUAUGGAAGGUCAAAAAUCUUCGUAGACAUAGGAGGAAUUGAACAAGAAGCAAGAGAAAUAGUAAACGUGAAAUCUGGAGCGUGCUUGGAUGUUAAUGGUCGUGGUGGAAAUGGUGACAUUUCUGCAUAUCGUUGCGAAAAUCUGGAUGAUCAGUACUUCUACUUCCGCUCUCGGGGUAAGCUAAUGGGACAUGGAAGACUACAAGUUGAGAAAUCUGGAUAUUGUCUGGAUGUGGAAGGAGACCAAGGACGUGGCAAUGUUUUAAUAGACAACUGUGAAGACGCUGCUGAUUAG